CUAGGCUGACUGAACCGAACCUUUAAAGCUUCCCAACUCAAAUAAAAAAGAAAAGUAAACCCUAAACAGAAUCGAUUACUGAAAAUAUCUUCGAUUUUCGAUUAAAGUCGUGGUUAUAGAUUGCGGUUUCUGUGGUAAUUUUCAAGGGAUUCUUUUGGAAGAAACAAUUUUGGCUACCAGAGAGAUAGGGAGAGGGGGAGAUGUCGGAAAAAUUCUCGGCGACGCUUCGGAUCGGAGAUCUGAGCGAUUUCAUAGCGCCAUCACAGGCGUGCAUAGUGUCUCUCAAGGGGCUCAAAACUAACCCAACCAAACCCGAUAAAGCUGAGGUUUCAACUUCUAACAAGCAAUUGCAAACAGACCCAGUUAAAAUUUCACUCAAGGACUGCUUAGCAUGCAGUGGGUGCGUAACAUCAGCUGAGACGGUUAUGCUGGAGAAGCAAAGUUUGGAUGAGUUUCUUGCUAAUGUUAAUAAAGGGAAGGCUGUCAUUGUUUCACUCUCUCCCCAGUCAAGAGCAUCCCUUGCAGUUCAUUUUGGCAUCUCUCCACUACAGGUUUUCAAGAAACUGACAACAUUUUUUAAGUCCUUGGGAGUAAAGGCAGUCUUUGAUACAAGUUGCAGUAGAGACUUAACUCUUAUUGAAUCUUGUAAUGAAUUCAUCAUGAGGUACAAACAAAGCCAAUUGACGGAUAAUGAAAGAUUUCAAUCAUCUCUACCCAUGAUCUCCUCAGCAUGUCCAGGUUGGAUAUGCUAUGCUGAGAAACAACUUGGAUCCUAUAUUCUGCCUUAUGUUUCUUCAGUGAAGAGCCCCCAGCAGACAAUUGGAUCUAUUGUUAAGCAUCAUAUAUGCCAAGAAUUGGGUGUUAGGCCAGACAAGGUUUACCACGUAACUGUAAUGCCCUGUUAUGAUAAAAAGCUUGAGGCUGCCAGGGAGGACUUUGUAUUUCAAGUGGAAUCUCAAGGUGAAACACAUGAAAAUGGUCUUAGAAUUGCAGAGGUAGACUCUGUGUUAACCUCGGGGGAGGUUUUAGAAUUGAUACAGUUAAAAGCAGUGGAUUUUAAAGCCUUAGAGGAGUCCUCGCUUGACAGAAUGGUGACAAAUGUUAAUGAAGAAGGGCAUCUUUAUGGGGUCAAUGGAAGCUCUGGAGGUUAUGCUGAAACAAUUUUUCGAUAUGCUGCUAAAACACUCUUUGGAAGAGAAAUUGAAGGACCUCUUGAGUUCAGAACUAUUAGAAACACAGAUUUCCAAGAAGUCACUUUGGAAGUUGAGGGGAAAACUGUUCUGAAAUUUUCUUUGUGUUAUGGCUUCCGGAACCUGCAAAAUGUUGUUAGGAGAAUUAAAAGUGGAAAAUGUGAUUACCAUUUCCUGGAGAUCAUGGCAUGCCCUGCAGGUUGCUUGAAUGGUGGAGGUCAAAUCAAGCCAAAGCCUGGGCAAUCUCCAAAGGAGUUGCUUCAAUUAUUAGAAGCUGUUUAUAUGGAAAAUGUUAUGGUAGCUGAUCCUUUCAAGAACCCCAUCGUGAGAAGCUUAUAUGAUGACUGGCUUGAGCAACCUGGUUCGCAGAAAGCUAAGAGACUCAUGCACACAGAAUACCACCCUGUGGUAAAAAGCAUUACUUCUCAGUUGCACAAUUGGUAAAAAAGUUUUGCCGUCCUGACUUCUGAUUCCUGAAAAACACUAAAACUUCCCAAAUUUCUCUCCGCUUUCUCCACAUCAAAGAUUGUGUGCCCAUCACUUUUGGGGAUUGCAUCCGUGGAGGACUACAGUUUUGAUAGAGUGAACAGAUUUUCUUUUUAAAUUUUUUACUGAUGUACAUGCUUUGUAUUUUGAAUGUUGUUAGCUAGAGAAAUAUUAUUAUGUGCUUAUGUAAUACACCUUUUACGUUCUGUUGCUGUAUUUUUUAUUUUUUUC